AUGCUACUGAAUUUAGAGGAAUUACUCAAAAUUGAGAAACCAAGAUAUGACCUCAAAGUUGUGCAGAAAACAAUAAGUAUUCAGUACUCAGACCAGUUGCAAAUACAGGAGAAAAAUAUCCUCCAACAAUUAGAGAAGUGGUUGUUUUUAGUGGAAAGUGCAAUGAGGCAGAAAUCAAGGAUCAAAUGGAUGAAACUAGGGGAUCAAAACACAAAAUAUUUUAUAGUUGUAGUGAAGGAGAGAAGCACUAAGAAGCAGAUAUGGGAACUUCAAUCACUGAGUGGUACUAAGCUAACUGCACCUGCUAAUAUUCAGGAUGAAAUUAUCAAAUUUUACAAAGGGCUAAUGGGCUCAGCUGCAAAUACACUGCUUGCAGUAGACAGAACUAUUAUGCAACAAGGUCUCCAACUGAAUCAUGAUCAAAAAAUGCUACUAUGUGCAGAAGUCACUGAACCUGAAAUCAAAGAAAGCCUAUGGUCUAUUGGUGAGGACAAAUCCCUUAUGGUGGAUGGAUAUAAUGCUUGCUUCUUCAAGAAGGCCUGGGAAGUUGAUAAAGGGGAUAUCAUCCAUGCUGUUAAGGAGUUUUUUGAGACAAGCUAA